CGCCUCCCGCCCACUUGCUGCUACGCUCUGCCUCUGCCUCUGCCUCUGCCUCUGCAGUCUUCAUUCAUUGCACCGUUUUCUGCUUUCUUUUUACUCGGCCAACUGCUGGCGCUCUCGCUUGAUAUUGCUAUUGCUAUCGAUAUUUCCCGUCUUCUUUUUUACCACUCCACCAACUCUGUUUUCCAUGGACGGCUACAGCCCCGCUGCCGCCACUAUCAUCGAACAUGCCCUGCAGUACCUCACGCCCAGGGAGAUUGCGGCGUGCCAAACCGUCAACCGGGCGUGGUACGCUCUGACGGCAGUCCAGUCCGUGCGCCACGUCGACUGCCACAUCAUGCGGCUGGCGCUGCGGCUGGCACACUACCGGCGCAAGGGCCUUGCCGGGGCAAUCCGCGGCCUGACCAUCGAUGUCGGCUUUGUCGACGGCUUCCUGUCGGCGCCGAUGUACGAGCAGCGCAUCCGCGAUGCUGUGGCCGCGGUGCACGGCUCGGGCGCGCGAGUGCGCCGCAUAAAAAUCCAUAUGGACGGCGCGCGGUCGGCGCUGACCAACAGCGAGCUGCGGUUCGGUGCACUUGCGUGCGAGCUGCUGCUGCGUGCGCUGCCAGGGCUGGUGGCGCUCGACCUGAGCGAGUGUCCGGCGGCCCUGCUUGCUGGCGGCGGUGACGAGGCUGGCGGGCCACUUGCGCAGCAGGUGCGGCUGCAGCAUGUGCGCUGGUUCUCUCUGGGCCGCAACGAUAUGUCAUCGGCCGCUGCGCUAUGCUGCGUGGUCGCCGCCAACCGCCACUCGUUGCGCGCGCUGUAUGGCCGCGGCGACAUCACCGACCGCGCGCUGGCACUCCUUUGCAACGCGCCCAACCUGCUGCGGCUUGACGCCAGCGGCUCCAGCAUAUCGGACGACGCGCUUCUGGCGCUGGUUCGCGCGCGUGGCGGGGACCUGCGCGAGCUGAUUCUGUCGGACUGCUCGCGGCUCACACGCCUCAGCAUUGCGCAGCUGACGCCCCGGCUACUGCCGCGGCUGGCGGCCCUGGACCUGUAUAACGUCAUGGUUACCACAGACUCGUACCAAAGCCUGUUCAACGUCGCCACGCGUUGGCCGUACCUGCGCGACCUCAAGCUCAAGGCCGCCAUCCCGCACACGUCACCGCGCCAGGACUCGCUUGUCAACGAUGACAUCCUGAUUGCCAUCGGCCGCAACUGCCCACGCCUUGUGUCACUGCGGCUCUUUGGCUGCCACGGCAUCACUGAUGACGGCCUGAGCGCCAUCCUGGGCAACCUUGGCUACCUGCGGGAGCUUGUGGUCAUGCACAACGCGACCGACGCUGGGGCUGGGGCUGGGGCGGCCAGGGCCAGCCGCAGCCAGAUCAGCCGCAGCCAGAUCAGCCGCCACGGCCAGCUCCAACGCACUGCUGCUGAGCCUGCCGUCGAUCAGCGACAUCUGGGCCAGCAUCCCAUCGCUGCCCUCAAACGCAGUGCCGCGGCAGCAGGCGCAGCCGCGUACACAGCCGCUCCUGCGCCCAGUCGCCGACAUUUCGCCGCCCUCGACGGCACCUGGCAGCCCGUGUGUAUCUGGAGAGCAGCCCCAGCCCCGCCGAAACGCCAGCGGUGCGCGCGUGUUUACGUCGCAGGCGCUGCGCAACGGCGUGCGCUCAAAGUGCUUCAACCUGCUGAAUCUCGAUAUGGAGUACGACUCGGUCUGCGCCGAGCAUCUGGCGCGCCUUACCCACCUGCACGUGCUCUGCGGCCGCAUGAUUACCCGUCACGCAAAGUCUCUCAUCGAGACCCAGUUCCCCAAGUGCAAGAUGAUGGUGUGGAGCACCGACUGAGCACCGGCUGGCAAGCACUGCCUCGCCUACCCACAACACUUGUUUAUAUGUCCGCAUAUGCCGCCGCAUAUCUCUCUUUGUACCAAUAUUCCAUCACCUACUAAAAAACACAUGCAUACUUUCGUAACACCUACGCAAUCAUGCAUCUCAGAACCCACGGUCUCGGUCUCGGUCUCGGCCUCGGCCUUGGCCUUUGCCUUUGCCGUGCAAUGCAACGCAAUGCAACUCGACGCGUCGCAGGGCGCCAAACCAAAAUACAAGCAACCCUCGUGCUGGCACCACCCCCAGUACAAGUUGCAUCACGAUGCACCGCAUUAACUCUGCUACCCACGCCCCAACCCAGUGUUACAAAGCCAAACAUGUUUAUCCCUUCGAACCUUCCAUUUCCACUCCACAAUGGCCACCACAUGUGCGUGCGUGCAUGCGCACCCAUCAACCUUUCUUUUCAGGCUGCCUGUCUGCCUGCCUUUCUUGGCGCGCCUUUAAAUGGCCCUUUGUAGGAUAUCGCUGUCUUUCUAAAAAAAUUCAAUAAGGCGGAAAGACGCUUUGUAUCUCUAUAAAUAAAUU